ACACGCCGCAGUGGCCCAAGGAGAAGGUGUCGCCGGUGGAGGUGGAGGAGGGGGACCCCGUGGUGCUGCCCUGCGACCCCCCCAAAAGCGCCGUGCCCCCCAAGAUCUACUGGCUCAACUCCCGGAUCGUGCACAUCGCGCAGGACGCCCGGGUCAGCAUGGGGCAGGACGGGUUCCUGUACUUUGCCAACGCUCAGGUCGGGGACAGCCACCCCGAUUACAUCUGCCACGCCCAUUACCUGGGACCCCGCACCAUCAUCCAGAAGGAGCCCCUGGACCUCCCCACUCCCUGGAUCUCCUGGCGGAGGUUGAACGGGCCGCUGCCCCCGGGCCGGGCCGUGCUGGACAAUUUUAACAAAACCCUGAGGCUGCGCUCGGUGUCCGAGGCCGACGAUGGCGAGUACGAGUGCACGGCCCAGAACGGGCUGGGGACAGCCCGGAGCAGCCAGCUCGUCACUGUGGAGGCUGCCCCGUACUGGGUGCGCCGGCCGCAGAGCGGGGUGUUCGGGCCGGGUGAGACGGCGAGGCUGGACUGCGCCGUGGGGGGCAAACCCCGACCCCAAAUCGCCUGGAGCAUCAACGGGGUCCCGCUGCAGGAUGUGCCGGACUCGGGCCGCCGGCUGCUGCGGGACGGGGCUCUGGUCCUGUCCCACCUGGAGCCCAACGACUCCAUGGUCGCCCAGUGCGAGGCCACCAACAGCCACGGGCGGCUCCUGGCCAACGCCUUCGUCUACGUCGUGGAGCUGCCGGUGCAGAUCCUGAGCCCCAACUCGUCGCUCUACGAGCUGGUGGAGAACCAGACGGCGUUCCUGCACUGCCGCGCCUUCGGAGCCCCCGCGCCCACCGUGGAGUGGCUGGGCCCGCGGCAGGAGCCGGCUCUGGAGGACGAGCGCGCCUUCGCCUUCACCAACGGCUCCUUGCGCCUGGGCCCGCUGGCCCGGGGGGACUCGGGGGGCUUCACCUGCCGCGCCCACAACGCCCACGGCAACGCCAGCGCCCACGCCCAGCUCCGAGUCUGGGGGGCCACGCGGAUCCAGGUGCCCCCCCAGAGCGUGAGGGCCAAGAAGGGCGAGACGGUGACGUUCACCUGCGGGGCCACCUUCGACCCCGGCCUGGAGCCCCGCGGGCUCCUGUGGCUGCGAGACGGGACCCCCGUGCUGGAGACCCCCGACAGCGACAAGUUCUCGGUGGCCGGGGACACGCUGACGGUGGCCGGGGUGGAUUACGGGGACCAGGGCCGGUUCCGCUGCCGCGCCUGGACCCGGCUGGACGCGGCCGAGGCCGAGGCCGAGCUCAGGGUCGUGGGCCGGCCGGGCCCCGUGCGGGACCUGCAGGUUCUGGAGGUCGGAGAGCGCCAGGUCCGGCUGAGCUGGACCCCGGGCGAGGAUCACAACAGCCCCGUGGAGAAGUUCGUGGUGGAGCAGGAGGAGGGGAUUUUCUCCCCCGGCCGUUUCGAGGAGCUGCUGACGGUUCCGGGGGGGCGUCCCUGGACCCCCCUGACCCUCUCCCCCUACGGCCGCUACCGGUUCCGGGUCCUGGCGGUCAACGGCUUCGGCCGCGGCGAUCCCAGCGCGCCCAGCGCCGAAAUCAGCACCGGCCCGGCCGCCCCUGAGCGAUACCCGAUGGGGGUGAAGGGGGAGGGGAACGAGACCAACAACCUGGUGAUCACCUGGCAGCCGCUGCCCCCCGGGGACUGGAACGCCCCCGAGCUCCGGUACCGGGUCCAGUGGCGGCCGCUGGGGUCGGGCCGGGGUCUCUGGGCCGAGGCCACGGUCGGGGACCCCCCCCUGGUGGUCCGGGACACCCCAACCUUCAGCCCCUACGAGAUCCGGGUGCAGGCGCUGAACGAGGCCGGGAAGGGCCCCGAGCCCCCCGUGGUCAUCGGCUACUCCGGGGAGGACCUGCCCCUGGUGUACCCCGAGAACGUUGGGGUGGAGAUCCUGAACAGCACCAGCGUCCGGCUCAGCUGGAGCCUGGGGGGAGCCGAGCGCGACCUGCGGGGGCACCUCAGGGGGUACCGGGUUCUGUACUGGCGCGAGGGGUGGGUGGGGGAGCGCUCCCGGCGCCAGGCCCCGCCCCCCCCCGGGACCCCCGCGCCCCCUCCCCAGCCGGGGGUGCUGACGGUGCCGGGCGAGGCCAGCGGGGCCGUUCUGGGGGGGCUUCACCCCUGGAGCCGCUACCGCCUGCAGGUGCUGGUGUUCAACGGGCGGGGGGCGGGACCCCCCAGCGCCGAGAUCCGAUUCCACACCCCCGAGGGAGUGCCGGGCCCCCCCGAGGAGCUGCGCGUGGAGCGGCUCGGGGACACCGCGCUGGGCCUGGAGUGGCGGCGGCCGCGACACCCGAACGGAAUCGUCACCGGCUACGUGCUCCAGUACCGGCUGCGUGCGUACUGGGAGCACUGGGAGGG